UAAGACUUAACCUGCGUCACUUUUGGCCAAAUGGGGCACUGUACUUUACUUCAUCCGUCGGUCAAACUCUAACGUGUGAUUCGUGUGAAAAAUAUUUUUGGUCUCACUAUGUGCCAGAACAGUCAAACUCCUAAAAGUGCACAAUUAAUUUCUUUCAUGGUGUCGAGUAUGAUUUUAUUUUAAUUUUAUAUUGAGUCCAAAUUAAAGGAUUUAUUCGUGUCAAGGAAAGGAGAAGGACGUCUAUUUUUUUAAAAACUCUUUAUAGGUCAAAAACAACAACAACAACAGCAUUUACAUGUUUCUGGUGGGGUUAACGGGAGGAAUCGCCUCAGGAAAGAGCACCGUGUCCUCUCAGCUCAGGGAACUUGGCUGUCCUGUCAUCGACGCCGAUGUCGUGGCCAGGAAAGUGGUGGAGCCUCAGACCCGAGCGUACAGACUCCUCGUGCAGCAUUUCGGGCGGGAGGUUCUGCUGGAGAACGGUGAGAUAGACAGGCAGAAGCUCGGCCAGAUCAUCUUCUCCAACCCUGAGAAACGCAGAGUGCUUAACUCCAUCACACACCCCGAGAUCCACAGAGCCAUGCUCAAACAGAUCCUGUACUAUUUCAUCCGAGGGUACCGUUAUGUCAUUUUGGACGUACCUCUGCUGUUCGAGACGCGUCGUCUCACUCGCUUAAUGAAGCACACGGUGGUCGUCUACUGUGACCCCACCACUCAGCUGGCUCGGCUCAUGCAGCGUGACGGUCUUAGCCGGGAGGAGGCAGAGCAGCGCAUUGCUGCCCAGAUGCCCCUGAGCGAGAAGCGUGGGCUGGCCAGGCAUGUAAUCGAAAACUCUGGCUCGCGCGAGGACACACAUCGCCAGGUCCUGCGCUUACACACCGCGCUGGACGACUCCAUGGAGUUCCUGCCCAUCAGAGCCGUUGCCGUGGCAGCCGUCGCCGGGCUGGGAGGCCUCUUUCUGUACAUGGUUAAACUUCUAGCAUCCUAGCCAUCAAGUGCAAAAACGUUUUAUAUAGCUAAUGUACUUUAUGUGCAGAAAUGAUGUUUAAAGGGAUCGAGUCCAGGACUUCCAUACUAGCACAAGUAUUACAAUACGGGGUGAAAAUGUCGCUUAUAUAUAUAUAUAUAUAUAUAUA